AAUCAAUUCGUCGCUCUUUGAGAACAUCAACACAUACUGAGAGUAACAAAGAGAGAUAAGAAUACAAAGAAUACUACCUUCCAAAUUUGCAACAACUUCACAUUCAUUCUAUACAUACACGUGUCUGUAUGUACACACAUUAACCAUUUCUUUCAAUUUCUUCCCAUCCAUCAUCAAUGGCAGCUUCAAGGAGCUAUUUCGCCACGGCAAACUAUCGAUUCCUCUCCACCGAGCCAGACGUUGCGAUGACUCCUGAUUCGGUGUUCGAGUUCGACGAAUCAGACGUGUGGAACUCAUCGACGGUUUCUCGGUCGCCGGAGUUCCGUAAGAAAUCUCCGAGUUCAAGGAUCUCGAGGAAGCAAUGUGAAACGAAGAGUUACCGAAAGUGUUCCGGCGCGACGGCGGCGUCGUUGCCGGUGAAUGUACCGGACUGGUCGAAGAUACUGAAGGAUGAGUAUAGAGAGUACGGAAGGAGAGAUAGUGACGAUGAUGUGGACGACGAUGAUUUGGAUAAUCGGAUUCCGCCUCACGAGUUUUUAGCGAAGCAGUUAGAGAGGACACGAAUUGCAUCGUUUUCCGUGCACGAAGGAGUUGGGCGGACUCUCAAAGGGAGAGAUCUGAGUAGAGUCAGAAAUGCUAUUUGGGAGAAAACUGGAUUCCAGGAUUGAUCCUUUUCCUUCAGAUCUCAACUUUUUUUUUUUUUCCUAACGGUGAUUUUGUUGACUAUUUACAUAUCAAGUCCAUCACUGCUUUGUGAUUGUAAUUUAUUUUUUGAAGUUUUGAGAGUAAAUUAAUUAAGCAAAAAAAAAAAGGUUAUUCAGAACUUUUGA